ACUCUUGACAGCCACGGGCGGCCGGGCGGAGCCGCGCGGGCAGAGCGAGGAGCCCGACGAGGGGACAGCUCCGCUCCCCGCAGCCCAGUGCCUCCCUCCGGGGACAGUCCUGCCAGGCCAUGCCUCCGUGGGCGGCCGCUCUAGCGCUGCUGCUGGCGGCGCUCGCCUUGCUCCUCCUGCGCCCCUGGAAGCGCGCUGUCGGAGCGCGAACCUCGGUCCGGGACCACGAGGAGCAGGAGGUGGCGAGCGGAGGCCCCGCGGAUCAGUUGAGCGACCGGCGCGAAGCGCUCCCCGGAGGCUGCAGCCUCAUUUGCAAGCCGUCGGCGCUGGCCCAGUGCCUGCUGCGCGCUCUGCGACGCUCGGCGGCGCUGGAACCCAGCCCCCGCUCCUGGCUGUCGGGGCCCCACCUGCAGACCUUCUGCCACUUCAUCCUGCCUGUCGGGCCCGGGCCUGAGCUAGCCCGUGAGUACCUGCAGCUGGCAGAUGAUGGGCUGGUGGCUCUGGAUUGGGUCAUAGGACCUUGUGCCAGGGGCCGCCGGGUCACCAACCCUGGGAGCCUCCCUCCAGUGCUGUUGGUAAUCCCCAAUGCAUGGGGACGCCUCACUCGCAAUGUACUGGGGCUGUGCCUGCUCGCCCUGGAGCGCGGCUACUACCCGGUCAUCUUCCAUCGCCGCGGCCACCACGGUUGCCCGCUAGUCAGCCCCAGACUACAGCCUUUCGGGGACCCGUCCGACCUCAAGGAGGCGGUGACUUACAUUCGCUUCCGACACCCGGCGGCCCCCCUGUUCGCGGUGAGCGAGGGUUCAGGGUCCGCGCUGCUGCUGUCCUACUUGGGGGAGUGCGGCUCCUCUAGCUAUGUGACUGGCGCCGCCUGCAUCUCGCCAGUGCUACGCUGUCGCGAGUGGUUCGAGGCUGGCUUACCUUGGCCCUAUGAACGUGGGUUCUUGCUGCACCAGAAAAUCGCUCUCAGCAGGUAUGCCUCUGCCCUGGAGGACACAGUAGACACCGGCAAGCUCUUCAGGAGUGGCUCCCUGCGAGAGUUUGAGGAGACCCUGUUCUGUCACACCAAGAGUUGCCCCAUCAGCUGGGAUACCUACUGGGAUCUCAACGACCCACUCCGGGAUGUGGAUGAGGCUGCGGUACCCGUGCUGUGCAUCUGCAGUGCUGACGACCCGGUGUGUGGACCCCCAGACCACACUCUGCCUGCGGAACUCUUCCACAGCAACCCGUACUUCUUCCUGCUGCUCAGUCGCCGUGGAGGCCACUGUGGUUUCCUGCGCCCUGAGCCCUUGCCAGCAUGGAGCCACGAGGUCAUCUUGGAGUCCUUCAGGGCCCUGACUGAAUUCUUCCGAAUGGAAGAGAGAAUGAAAGGGCUGAGCAGGCGCAGGACUUCAUUUUUAGGGGGCCGGCGUCGCUGGGGAGGCCUGCAGAAGCGAGAGGUUUCUUCCAAUCUGGAGGAGAUUUUCAACUGGAAGCGUUCAUACACCAGGUGAGGCUCUCGCCUGGGGAAGCCCCUGGACUUGUGAGAAAGACCCCCACAAGGUAUCACAGCGAGGAGCGGGGAGCUCUGUGUCCCUCUCUUGCUAACUGGAGAAGGAACUUCACCCUGUGCUGCACUACCUUGAGAAGAAUUGCCCUGGCUCUAAGAAACAUUGCUCAGCCCUGAGCCACUAUUUCCUGUCAUCAAAGUCCCAAGCAGAAUAGCAGCCCUGGCGAAGUCCAUAGACCGGAGAGAAAUUCUGGCUCACCCAGCUGGGAGUCCAGGCAGGAUGAACUUAUGAGAGUCAAUGGGUGGUUCUGUCCCACAUAAAUAAUCAUCUUGGUGACUCUGUGUCUCGAGCUGGAGCCACUUGGUACAGAAAGGACAGGAUGUUUGUGUCUCUGUCCCAUUUCCCUCAUGUGCUCUGCGGUUGGGGUUCUGCUCUGACUUGCAUAUCAGCAGCUGGGGAAGCAGGCUGUCGGUGGCCUAGCUCUCCCCUGGCUGAGAAGCCAGCAGAGGCAAGAGAUGCUGGGCUGAGGCCAGGGUGGAAAGAGCUAGCAAGGGUAGAAUGUAUGUGUCUGUCCCUGCCUCUCAUGGUAGAUGGAAGCUCUGACCUAGGCCAGGCUCUCAAGCUGGUCCAGCCCGUCUCCUAAAAGUUAUUUUAGGAGUAAGAGGUGCUAUUCCCCAGGGUCUAAGGGUUCCAUUAGAUCAUGGUUGUGGUAGCCAGGUUAGGCCAGAUACACACACACCUUCAGUUCUGAUCCUGGAGAUUCCUCCAGAGAGCCGCAGCUGGCCAGAUGUGUUCCUCCUGAAGGGUGGGCUUUCUCACAGUCAGUGGGAAGGAUAGCAACCCUCACAAUAGUGUCUGAUCAGUUUUCUUCUGGUACUAGCUUCUUCUCCCUUUCCACAGCCAGGCAAGAGGUCUGGGAGCGGAGGGGAGAAACCCCGAGGGCUUAGUGAAGGGAAUCCAACUAUUUCUGAGUGUCUCACAUUACAGCUUUGUCUGCUCAAUUAUUCAAAAGGCAGAAGCCUGUUUUCCGAACCCGUUCACUCAGCCACUAAGUGGGCAUUUGGUUUUAUGAGGAAGAAUGCUGAAGGCCCAAGAACAGUAAGCCAUAGCUCCCAGGAUGACUUACAUGGCUUGGGUUGGAUUAAGCCUUUACAAAUCAUUUUGACAGCUAGACAUCUGGAUCCAUAUUGUUGUUAAGAUUCAAAAAUCUACCCUGAAGUUUUGUUUGUUAUUUA